AUGGACUUCCAACCUCCCCGAGAGGCCCCCUGGUUCGAUGUCGGUCAAACACUGGAACUAUUUCCCAAUCUCAAUCUAGCUGAACCUUGGGGCGGCGCCUACCCCGUUCCUAAAUGGUCUGAGAUGAAGAACAUUGCCUCAUACCCGCGCGGCUUCGACCCGGACGCGGAAGUCGACAAAGAGGUUAUCUGCAAGGUGAAGAUCAUCAGGCAUCUUCGGGUCGGCCUGGGCCGUGGUCCGCAGGUGCUGCUCUGCAAAGCCACCCAGUAUCCGCAAACCCUCGCACAGUCGCAGAUGCCGUUUCCGCCGUCCGACGCGAAGGAACAUCUUGCUGACCAUUUCGUCCUGAAGGUUUCGGACGGGGGCCUGUUUCCCGGCGGGGGAGGUAUCCCACCCUGGAACAACUGGGAGCUGGCGGACCAGGACCACAGCAGAGACUCGUCUGCGCUGAGGUACCUCUACCAGAAGCAUUUGGAAUGCGGGGGUAUUAUGGGAUAUCCGUAUCAUGUGCCGUCCUACUUUGGCACGUGGGUCGUCAAGCUUCCCUACGAGAACAAGGCCGGUGAGCAGAAGAUGCGAUAUGUUGGCGCGGUCGCCAUGGAGUUCAUCCGCGGGGUUUCCAUCGAUGAUCUCUGCAAGGGCGUGCUUAUCAAGAACCGUAACAUCAACCUCAAAUCAGACGACGAUGAGUAUGAAUCUUUCUUCGACACCGCUUGUCUUAUUCCGAGAAACGACCCAGGUCUUUUCCGAGGACCGGAAUUCGCUGGUCUGGUAAUCGACGCAGAAGAUGAGGCUUUCAGGUUGAUGGUGCUCAAGGGUGUGCUAGAUGGUAUUGUCAAGACCUUGCAUGCCGGUGUGCAGUACAACGACCUGAGCCCCCAAAACACGUUCGUAACGAUUGUUGACGACAGCAAUUCUGAGGCUCCUGUGCCCCGAAUUGUGUUCCUCGACUACUUCAGUUUUGAAAUCUACGAGAAGACCAAGAACGCCAAAGACCCGAGAUGGCCUGAUGCGCACCCGCUUGCCGAGGAACCGCGCCCAGUCCAUCCGUUCGAGAGGUGCUGCAUCAUCCCGCUGUCCAAGUUCUCCGGCUGGUACCCGCCGCUCUGGGACAAGCAUCCAUUGUUGUUUGACUGCUGGCUUGGAAAGACUUUUGGCAAGGUUGAGGAAGGGCUCUACUCUGUCUUCAGUGACCGAGGCGAUGAAUCGGACCGCUCUUUGAGAAAGCUUGUGGCAGACCACGGAGCCAAGUAUAAAGAUGCUCCCAUGGAUUCAAAGGGCGAUUUUCUGCGGUCAGUGAAGGACCACACGGGGGUGGAUGUUUCGGAGUUCAUGAACCGAAAGGCCUACGAGGAUCUUACUUAUCAGAAGCAAGAAGCUGUGCAGUCUGCCAAGAGUGCUCUUAGCAGGAAGCGGCAGCGAGACGAUGACGAUGAUGAAGAGGGAGGCGACACGGUUUCUGACCAGAGCAAGAGGCAGAAACAGUGA